CCGCUUGCACUUGCCUUCUCGUUUUCACGCCUCCUCAUUACGCAAUUUUUCGUUACUUGUUCUGAAUUUAUAUUUACAAAAUAGCUUAAAGAAUGGCUGACUACUCGAUCAAACCCGAGCCCAAGGCGGCGCCCAUCGACACGUCCGAGUGGCCGUACCUGCUGAAGAACUACGAGAAGCUGCACGUGCGCACCGGCCACUACACACCGAUCCCGGUCAGCACCUCGCCGCUGAAGCGCGAUCUCGAGACCUACAUCAAGUACGGUGUGAUCAACCUGGACAAGCCGUCGAACCCGUCGUCGCACGAGGUGGUGGCGUGGAUCCGCCGGAUCCUGCGCGUGGAGAAGACCGGUCACUCGGGCACGCUGGACCCGAAGGUCACUGGCUGCCUGAUUGUGUGCAUUGACCGCGCGACCCGUCUGGUGAAGAGCCAGCAGGGAGCCGGAAAAGGACGCCCGCCUCUGAUCUCUGCGGUCAAGCGGCAGCUGCGCGUGCGCACCAUCUAUGACUCGAAGCUGCUCGAGUUCGACAACGACCGCCACCUGGCGGUAGUGUGGGCGAGCUGCGAGGCCGGUACGUACAUGCGUACCUUGAGCUGCGUCCGUGUGCGCUCGGGCGCGCUGACGGAGAACGACAACAUGGUGACCAUGCACGAUGUGAUGGACGCGCAGUGGGUGUACGAUAACACCAAGGACGAGAGCUACCUGCGCCGCGUGGUGCGUCCGCUCGAGUGGCUUCUGACCGGCUACAAGCGCAUUGUGGUCAAGGACUCGGCAGUCAACGCGAUCUGCUACGGCGCCAAGAUGAUGAUCCCCGGACUGCUGCGUUUCGAGGACGGUAUCGAGGUCAACGACGAGGUCCUGGCUACCUGCGACCACGGCGUUGUGGCCAAGAUCAAGCGCGUUAUUAUGGAGCGCGACACGUACCCGCGCAAGUGGGGAUUGGGACCCGUUGCCCAGAAGAAGAAGCAGCUGAUUAAGGACGGCAAGCUCGAUAAGCACGGCAACCGCAACGAGAACACCCCGGCGUCGUGGACCAAGAGCUACACGGACUACAAUGCCCCUGCCGACGAGGCCGCUGAGUCCAAGCCCGAUGCCAAGCCUGUGGUGGCCGAGGCCCCUGCUCACAAGCGCAAGGCUGAGGAGUCGGAGGACGAGGUGUCGGACAACGAGGACGUGUCGGCCGACGAGAAGGCCAAGAAGAAGGCCGAGAAGGAGGCCAAGAAGGCCGAGAAGAAGGCUAAGAAGGAGGCCAAGAAGGAGAAGAAGGAGAAGAAGGAGAAGAAGAACAAAGGAUUAAGCUUAUCUCGCUCAAAAAAUUUCAUAUUUUCUCUUUCCUAAAACUAAAAAACAUUGGAGUCAUUUUCCACAU